AUGACUGUGAUCAACCACAUGCACACUCAUUCUACCAGCUGGAAGGUUACAGCGUGUCCUUCCGGGCCUGAGUACUUGAAUCUCAUGUUGUCCAAGACAGAUCAAGAUAUUUGUGCCUCUCUGCCCAUAGAGACAGAGGAUAGACAACAGAAGGAAACAUUUGCAGAAUCUACUCACAAUCACAAGCAAGCUGUGUGGAUCCACACUGACAAACAAGCGUAUGCAACACAGGACGAUAUAACACUCGUAGCAGUAACGGAAGGACCAGAGCCGCUAUAUUUUCAUUGGCUAUUUGGAGAUGGAGCUGAAAUAAAGACAACAUCCAGAGCCUUCACAAAGAGAUAUCAACUUCCAGACAAAUUCAACGUGAAGGUCAGUAUGUCUGAUGGUCUCACUUCCGUCAGCUCAGAUGUUUAUCCUCUUGUAGUUCAGAGAGCUGUGCGGCCCAACAGGCUUCUGCACCCGCCUUCAGUGUUAUUAAACAGCACUGUGAGCUUCAUCUGCAGAAUCAGCUCAGGCACUGACGUCUCCUAUCACUGGAAUUUUGGAGAUGGAACAGAGCGAGACGGAUCGGGCAUUGAGCAUCACAUCUAUAACAGAACCGGCGAGUAUGUAGUUGAGGUAAUUAUGUCCAACCUGGUGAGCACUACGUCCUUAACAGGACACAUCUUUGUAGUUGAGGAAUCAUGUCAGCCUCCUAUGGUGAAAAAUAUGGGCCCAAACAAAAUACAGGUGUGGCGGUACCAGAAUGUGCAUCUUGCUGUGACCUUUGAGGCCCACAUUCAGUGUAAUGUCUCCAGAGGUCUUAUGUAUAGAUGGACUGUAUAUGACACGAGGGGACAGCCAGUGCUCAUUUCACACACUGAAACAGACAGGCAAUAUUUGGAACUGCCAAAGUAUUUCCUUCAUUAUGGAACAUAUAAAGCUAUAGCAAAGGUCCAGGUGGCUGGUAAUGUGGUGUACAGUAACUACAGUGUUGGAAUUGAAGUGAUGCUCACCCAUCCUGUGAGUGUCAUCAAUGAAGCUACAAGCAUUUUUAUUAAUCGUCAAAGUGGCACAAUUGCACUGGAUGGAGGAAAAUCGUAUGACCCAGAUUACCCCAAUAAUACUAUAAGUUACAGUUGGUCAUGAAGACCAGUUCACACAAAAGAGAGCAACUGUUUCAACACAAACAUUCAGACCACUUCAGCAGUACUUCAAUUUCCCACUUAUUCCCUGAGGUCUGGCUUUGACCUGUUUCAGUUCACUCUCACUGUGUACAGCAGGAAUCGAUCGUCAACAUCUGAGGUGUUCAUCACUGUUACAUCAAAACAACUCAGGUAAAUAAAAAUGCAUAUGUCUUGUACACAUUGUUGUGGAAAUUCUGUGAACUGGAAUGAGCAAUUUUCCAUCUUUGCUCUCUGCUAUGAGUGUGAUUCCCAACCCCAGAUUGUCACAUAUAACUGGAAACUUUACCUGGUUAAUGCUUCAAGCAAAGUUGUUACAGAGGCCCCAUUCUUCAGCAUUGUGGAUCUAGGUUUACCAGCUAAAAUAAAGGAAAACUUGCCUCUCUACCAAGUGCCUGUGGAGACCCCUUACACUGAAGCCCCAUUUACUGAACCCUCAAUUCCAGCGUCUCUGUCUCCUUAUCUUUUAUCUAAUAAUACUGAUAUUUCAUCCUCGGUUGCACCCAAUAUCUUGGCUUCAGAGAUCUAUACAACACCACAUACUAUUAAAGCAUACACUCAAAGUCCCAACACAAACAUGAUAAAACAGUCAUCUUUUCCUACGGACCCAUCCUUAAAUCUGCCCUUUCUAGAGGAAACGGAGUCCUCCGGGGGUCAGUGGGAGUAUGGGGGUCCUUUACCACCCUCAGACAGAGUGUCAUUGACUGACGUGAACUCAGACUAUGAUUACUAUAACUUUGGAAUCGAAGAGGCUGAUCCUGGGAUGCCACUUGGCAGACCGACAGGGAUCGAUCCAAUGGGGUUUAGCUGGAAUGAAGAUUCAUCCUUUCACUCAUAUGACAAUGAGGGUGAUAACCUGGUGGACCCCAGCCUGCUUGGACAGGCGGUAUCUGAGAAGACCCUGCUGGAUCUACACAGAGAGCUCAUUCAUCAGACUGUUUCUGAGUCUAACACUCUCACAGGGUUUUCAUCUUCUGUUGUCACGUUUAAGCCCUUCACGCUUAAACCAAUGAGUCUUUAUAUGCUUGAGGUGUCUGCAAGUGAGUACGGGCGGCUGCAGGGGAAGAGCCAGCUGUUCUUUCACACACAAGCUGUUCCUGAGGGAAUGAGAUGUCAAAUACAACCCAGCACAGGCUCUGAAAUCCACACUCAUUUCAGCAUCUUUUGCUCUUCUGGAAAAGAGGAUCUCAUGUUUGAGUACAGUUAUAGAGUUGGAAACUCUCCAAGGAGACUGCUUUACGAGGGCAGAGAUUUCCAACAUUACUUUAAUCUUCCUAGUGGGGAUCCGGAUGACGAUUACAAGGUCACAGCCUAUGUGGAAAUAAAGAAUAGAUUCGGAGCGACCACCAAGCGCUCCCCUGUGAACGUCACCGUUCUGCCAAGCUUUCAGAUGAACUCGUCCUCUCAGCUCAGCCCUGAUCAAGAACUGUAUAUAUAUGGAAUAGGUAACUUAACCGGUCUGCACAAAAUCGGAAGCAACAGAGACAUCAUCAACUACAUUCAUCUUCUGACCACAGUCUUAAACCGUCUGAGUCUGAGCCAAGAGUUCUCUGCUGAUCUUCUGACUCUCACACGUUCAGCUCUCAUUUCAUCCAUCUGUCAGCUUACCAUCACUGACCAGGGAAUUCUUUUGGAAACCAUUCGCAUGCUUACUGAUUUAAUCAAAAUCUCUAGUCAAAACAUCUCAUCAAUCCUACAUGAGUCCAAACCGCCAGCAGGAUACUUACUGGACAUCAAGGUUGUGAAUGCACUGGUUUCUCUCCUGUCUGGUGUCCUGGAUGCUCCAGUACUGUCCAUCAGACCAGGACAACAACUCAUAAACAAAGUGCUUCACACCAUCACUGAUUUAGUGCUGAGUUAUAUGCUGUCCAAUGAUGUCCCACAGUACAAUAUGAGCGCCACUUCAAUGAAAGCAUUAGUCUGGACCAUUGACCACUCUCGUACAACAGUGAAAUCAUUCGGCCUCACCACGUUCCACCUCACUGACUUUCUGGAGAUGCAAUUUCAGCAAUGGAAUAGCAAUUACCAACACAAGCCCUGUGUUAUUACCUGGAUCACAGAGUACAGGCAGAGUCCAUACCGCUGGGCCAGAACCCCCUCACAGCUCGAUGGAGACACAGCAGACAUUCGGCUCUACAGCUGCACCACUAAGAAAGAAAUCAAAGUGCGACACCUGGCCACCCCGGUUACCAUUACGUUUCAGAGGAGAGCGGAGAGCAAUAGCAGACAUGCAGGGUUCGCUCUUCUUCGUAGCCGUGUGAACACCCAUCAAUUCAACGUCACGCAAAAGAUCCUGCAAAGAGCCCUUCACAUCACUGUGCGAUUUAACAGGCCAGCUGAACGGCCUUUUCCCAUCCUACUGCUGCUGAGAAUGUAUGAUCAACCAACACCUAAACUGUACAAUGAGAAAAAAAUGCAUCAGUGGAAAAGCCAGACAGCACACAUAUUUCUCCCUGGAUCCUCUCUGCGUGUUGCUGGCACUGUCUACCUGAUGCUUCUCAGUGCUGACUAUAAUGAAAGCCCUGGUAACAAGUACAUUGUCAGUGCAGUGAACUACACAAUUAACAUCGAGUCGGUGGAGUGUUUGUCUUGGGAUGGUGUGAGAGCGUGGAAAUCCGAUGGUUGUUUUACGCAUGGUGGAGUUUCCCCAGACAAGAUCAACUGCAGCUGCAUGCGCUUGACAUCAUUUGCUGUGUCACAUCAGAAAAUCAUAAGCAGUUAUAACUCAGCUGAUGUUUCGCAGUUUAUCAACUCAAAUACAAACUACACACUGAUCAUUGUGUCAGUCAUGUUCUUGACUCUGUAUGUGGUGGUGCUGGUCAUCAGUACUCAUACUGAUGUUUCAAUGCAGAAAACUACAGGCUCAUUUCUGCUACCAGAAAACAAUCCUUUAGACCAGUUCCUCUAUGCUGUCACCAUACAAACAGGCUUUAGAUCUAGGACCAAGAUGACAGCACGGGUCCACAUUGUUCUGUAUGGAGAUGAUGGUGUCUCUCAAACAAGGGAACUCAGCAGUACUGACUCCAAACUUUUUACCUGCAACUCUAGGAACACUUUUAUUCUUAGCACUCCAGAGAGUCUGGGUCGAGUAUGGAAGGUGCACCUCUGGCAUGAUAACGGAGGUCUAUGUCCCAGCUGGUUCCUGAGUCAUGUGGUGGUCAGAGACCUGGUGCAGGGGUCCUGCUGGUUCUUUCUGGGCCAGUGCUGGCUGGCAGUGGAUGAAGGAGAUGGAAAAGUAGAGAGGAUCCUUAAUGCUGCUGAACACAGCCUGACAUUUAAACAGUUUCUACAUUUGAAACUCACAGAGUACUUGGGGGACUUUCAUCCAUGGCUGUCUGCCUACAGCUGUCCGUCCUACAGCUCAUACACACACGUGCAGCGUUUAAGCGUGUGUACGCUUCUUCUGCAGGGUUACAUGUGUGUCGGCACAAUGCUCAUUAAUCUUUUGGAAGAACAGCACUUCCUAGAGAUGGGCCUUAUCGAUGUUUCACCGGUCUCCAUGGUAACAGGGCUGUGCAGUGUUCUUGCUGUGAUGCCGGUAGGGAGUCUGGUGUCUCUGGUGUUUCGUGUCCGUAAGACAAACAUAUCUAAGAAUCUCUCAGAAGAACAGUACAGGGUUAAUGUGCCUGAUGUUUACUCUGUAGAAGAUCACCACGAUGCGCUUCUGAUAAAUGAUUGCACGUUUGAAACGAAUUUGUCCCACCGCUGGACUCGGGGCUCAUGGAGAAAAGAAUAUAAGUAUGGUACUCAGAAUUGGAAGACAUCUGAUUCAGUGUCUGCGUCAAAACGGCAGGAGGAUGCAGAUGCUAUCAUUGAGAUUGUAGAUGACAACAGAUCCGAUUUCAACAACAGAUCACAUGUGAAAAGCAAACAGAAUCAGUCUGAUCUCAGAUCAUGCACCUCUGCAGACGUUCAGGAGAACCAGCAGUUUUGUGUUAGAAUGAGUAAUCUUAAGUCGUGGUGUUAUUAUUUGGGCUGGACCCUCUGCAUCUCCCUCUCUCUUAUGUCUAUCAUCAUCACCUCAACUCUAGGAAUAAGGUUCAGCAGGACAAAGGCCCUUCUGUGGAUUCAUUCAGUGUUCUGUUCUCUUGUCUGCUGUGGCUUUGUACUUCAUCCAGCGAUGAUACUAAUAAUUGCUAUCACUGUGUCUCUGCUGCAUCGAGAGAGACCAGACUGGUUCCACAGUCUGAGUGUUAAAGGACCCGUAACUGAGUUAUUGAGACACAGGGACCAAAAUAUAGACAAUGUGUUGUUUAACCCAUACCAACAGGGGAGGAUAACACAGUUUGAGAAGGUGCUUGCAGCCCGUCAGAGAGCCAGAUACCUCCGUCUGGUGCGACCACCAAACUCAAGAACGUUAAAGAGCGUGAGGGGUCAGAUUAAGAAAAGAACUCUCCUUCACAAAACUGCAAGGGAUUUGAUGUUACACCUUAUCAUGCUGUCACUCAUUCUCUUUGUAACGUACGGAAAGUCUGACAAUGACCACAAGUACCCUUUGAAUCAGGCCAUUACAACAUACUUCACAAAGAGCCAACAGAAUUCAUUUCAUUCUAUCCAAAACCAUGAUGAUUGGUGGAACUGGACAUCGACUACAUUCCUAGAGAGACUGUACCAUAAGAACAAUGGCCAUGAUAAAAGAGCUAAUAUUGGAACCGAACCUUUAAGAGGUGCCUAUUCUCUCACUGUGACCCCGGUUAUUAAAAAGAUCGAGAGCACAUAUAACUCAUCAUCUCAGAUUUUGAAUUUGUUGGGAAAGAGCAGCUCUGCAAUAAGAAGUCAGACCGUAGAUGAAGAUCUGAGCUCCACCGUCUCCAUCUCAAGCUCCAAUGACCAAUCUGUCAUAGAGAAUGACUCACUUUGUGGAAAACUUGGUUGCUAUGAGGGAAAAGGAGUGAGUGUCAGCCUUGGAAAAACAAGGUCUCAAGUGAUGCAGGUCAUUGAAAAGCUUCAGACCACUGGCUGGAUGACUCGGUUCACCCAUGUUGUGAGGAUCCAGUUUCUUCUCCACAAUGCGCCCACUAACCUCUUCACGUCAGUCAGUAUUGUAGGUGAACGAACUCCAACAGGAGCCCUGAUGCCUUCAACCACUGUACAAUCUACCAGACUCCACCAUUUCCCAGCUGCCCUUGAUUACAGUGUUAUGACCUGUGAGGUGGCAGUUAUCAUCUGUGGACUUUUGCGCUAUGCCUGCUCUGUGUACCACUCCAUGCUAAAAGCAGAGAUGAUUGACUUCCUGCAGAGGGUGGAUUUUAAAUUACAUGUUGAUUUAAGUCCCAUCUUGUUUUGUGAGAAGCUUUCUCUAGCAAUCCAUGGCAUUGUUGUGAACUUGCUUCUCCUGAAAUGUGUGCUCUUCUUACGGCUUAACAAAACAGCGGCAGCUGCAGUCUCUGCUUUGAAGCAUAUCUUCUCCAGCCUGCUUUGGUUACUGGCACCUGGUGUUAUUGUCGCACUGGCCGCCUCCUGUCUGUGGAACCUGAUCUUGAAUUCAUUCCUGUCUACUAGCAUCACUGGAUUUGUUGAUUUAUUUUUUUCUCGCUCUUCUCUCAUGGACCACUUUAGUAACCAAACCAAAUCAAAACUUCAUUUUGGGGUUCUAUUUUGCGCUAUGAUUCCUCUGAAAGCUGUGGUAAUUGUCACCCUUACAAUUUUUGUGAAACAAAUAAAAAGAACUACAAAGAGAAAAGAUAUCACAGUGUUUGACCUGAUCUCUUGCAUCAGAAAUAAAGCUUUACUUCUUAUCGGCAAAGGCAGCCAAAUACCAGACUGUCGUGUUCAUACAAAUAGCUUUUAUUUGGAAGAGUUUGAGGAUCUCAUGGAUGAGCUACUGUUUCAUCUUUGCAGUAUGUCAGAGAAUGUCAACACCCUCCCAGCAAAAGAAAAUGUAUUUGAAACCCAGAGCACUUUCUCCUUUCCAAAUUCUCGGCAUGAUCCUGGCUCAGACUCAGGUUAUUAUCAAUUAUCAAUCAAUCAGUUACAUUAAUUUAACGUUAUAAAUGAUAUCAAUGGCAUCAUAUUUUGGAUAGAGUGCUGAUUUUGAUGUGACCUUUAUGAGUGGCCAGACAAACAAGUUUGAGGAGUUGAAACACCUGAAAGGUGAAGAAAACACUUUAAGAGCACCACUUGAAUACCAAAUGCCUCCAUAUUUAAACCGACGAAAACCCCAGGAGAUCCAUUCAAAAGGGCUAAAGCAUUUCAGAAGCAAGCGGCUAAACGGUACCCCAG